UAUCAUUUACCUAGCUAUAUAGCUUUCUCUCAUUUCCAUCAAACAAGUUAAGAUUAAGAGAAGAAAGGCUCCCGUAGUACUAGCUAGCUAGCUUAUCAGAGUAUACUAUCAAACACAAUGAGGAAGCCGGAUCUAGUGGGCAAAGAUAGAGUACCGAGCAAUAGUAGUAUUAACAAGGCCAGACUUAGAAAGGGUUUAUGGUCACCAGAGGAAGAUGAGAAACUCAUCAAGUAUAUGUUAACUAAUGGACAAGGGUGUUGGAGUGAUAUUGCUAGGAAUGCUGGCUUGCAAAGGUGUGGCAAGAGUUGCCGUCUUCGUUGGAUUAAUUAUUUGAGACCCGACCUCAAGCGUGGCGCCUUUUCUCCUCAAGAAGAAGAGCUUAUCAUCCAUUUGCACACUAUUCUUGGCAACAGGUGGUCUCAGAUUGCGGCACGUCUUCCAGGAAGGACAGACAACGAAAUAAAGAAUUUCUGGAACUCCACAUUAAAGAAAAGAUUGAAGAUCAAUAACACUUCCACAUCCUCACCAAAUGACAGUGAUUCAUCAGAGCCUAGAGAUCAUGCCGUAGGAAAUAUCAUGCCUAUGCAUGAUCCUGACAUUAUGACUCUAUGCAUGGACUCAUCUUCCUCAUCAUCCAUAUCCAUGCAAGGUAUGAUCACAAGCAACCAAUUUGAUUCUUUCUCCAUGCUCAACAACCGCUAUGAUGUGACUGGUGCAGCAAGUUUAUUUGACAUGUCCACAUGCUUGACACAAGUGGGCAUGGGAGAUGGAUUUUAUGGUGAUCAUUAUGGGAUUUUGGAGGCCAAUAAUAAAACGGGGCUAGAAAGUGAUCUUUCUCUUCCACCAUUAGAGAGUAGAAGCUUUGAAGAGAAUAAUACAGUGAGUAAUAACAGAAUUGGCAUGAAAAGCAGCAGCAGCAGCAACAACAACAACUGCUUUGAUAAUGCUUGCUUCGAUAAUACUUUCUUCAACAAUACUGAUCAGAGAUUUAAAGUAGAGGACAUGUUGGGGCUUGAAAAUCAUUGGCAAGGAGAAAACUUGAGAAUGGGAGAAUGGGAUUUUGAAGGUUUAAUGGAAAACAUAACUUCCUUUCCUUUACUUGAUUUCCAAGUAGAAUAACCAUCUACCCUUACC